AUGGCGCACAUAGGCAGCCAACUGGGCAAUGAACUCUCCCUCACCCCGGAGUUUGAGCCUGUUCACGUAGAUUUGGCGUCGGAGAACAAGAUCUGCCUUUAUCUUCAGCAAGGCAUCAAUACCUUUACUGCCGAGCUUGACAGGCUUAAUGAGCAGAACCGCGUUUGUGUGGAACUGCAUAACCAGAGCGUCACAUUGAUGAAUUAUGAUGAUGCAAACACCACCAUCAAGGGCGAGGGUUCGUCCGGGCCCUCAAACAGAGUAACUAAAAAACCAUCGGGUCCUUCAGCUCCAUCUGCACGGUUGAGCAGCACCGGCCGCAGGUCGUGGCUCGCUGGAGGUGGUGUGCGGUGGACGGGGGCGGCCAGGGGAGGGGCGGCGUCGGGCGGCCAGGGGAGGGGUGGCAUCCAGGUGCAGCAGCAUGCGACAUCCAGGGGUGAGGCUGCUACGACCGACGACCAGGGGAGGGGCGGCGUCGGACGGCCAGAGGAGGGGCAGCGUCGGACGGCCAGAGGAGGGGCGGCGAUAGACGGCCAGAUGAGGAGCGGCAUCCAGCAGCCAGGGGAGGGCCAACAUCCAGCGGCGAGGGAAGGGACGGCCAGAGGAGGGGAGGGGAGGGUUGGCAUCCAACGGCCAGGGGAGAGGCAGCUGCGGCCGGCGGCCAGGGAGGGGAGGGGCGGUGGCGGCCAGGGGAGGGGAGAGGGCAGUGGCGGCCGACGGGCACGGGAGCUGUCCAUUGGAGGAGGAGCAGGUAGAAGCUGUGUGGGAGCAUUUUCUGGGGGGAAUGAGGAGGCGGGGUGGGGUUUGGGGGUGCCACGUGGGCCUCCCAGUAGAAGUUGCGGGAUGGACUCAGCUAAGCUGGGGUUGUGA